AAUCAUGUGACAAAAUCACGUGACCAAGAGUAUAAAAAUUGUGCUGCAGAUUAAACUGCAUUCAAACCGUUCUGUAGUGACCCCCCAGCGAAGAAAUGAGUGCAACCAUGGAAGAACUCUUGGAAAUGGAAAGUCGAUUGUGGGACCAGGCCGAUCGAUUAACUUCGCAAGAAGAAUACCUCGCAUGGGAAGAACGAUGCAACGAGUGCCUCGAGUCGCUGGAAGAACAUAGUCGAGCAAAAUGCCCUCGAUUAUCGAUCGGUGUUCAACAAUCGUUGAUCGCUCGCAUCGCGCGUCUCGAUAGUCUAAAGUAUUCGUUACGCAGACGUUUCGUGUACGAAGGUGCCGGCCAUUCAAGCACUGGACUCUUGUGGCGUGAAAUAAACAAACAACACGUGUUGUUUUAAAUUCCCACUACAUCGAACCGCGUAACUUUCUUCAGGAUGCGAGAGAUGUUGUGCUCGAGCAUAUAUGGGGUGCAUUGGUGAAACAUAAGACACUAAAAGUGAAUACCGCGUUUAAUGGAGAGUUUGUAGCGGGUGAUAAACGCUCAAACAAGACUAUCAGCACGAAAAACUGUGAAAUCUUCGGCGCGAUCAAUCUCGAAGAGUGGUACGAGCAACGCGUCGUCGAACCCAUCCUAGCAUCGCUGGAAGAAUUUCAAGAACGGGAUAGCGGAUGGGCGCUGUCGCGUAUACUCAAUUUAAUUGUUAACGUGAAUAAAUAUAUACCAUUGCAUGCAGGAUGUACCAUACAAUUACCACGAGAAAUACAACUAAAGAGAGCUGUAAUCAACGUAUGCUCGAACGACAAUGCAUGUUUCGCGUGGUCAGUGGUGGCUGCUCUGCAUCCAGCCGAAAGUCACGUAUAUCGGACAUCGGCAUAUCCUCAUUACUCAACAGUGUUGAAUAUCCAGGAUAUCGAAUUUCCAAUGACAUUGAACCAAAUUAAAAAGUUUGAACACGCUAACAGCAUCUCCAUCAACAUCUACAUCACUGAAGAAAAGAAGGUUCUACCGAUACGGCUCGCCACACGGAAGAUGGAGAGACAUGUCAAUUUGCUGUAUUUAGAAGGAGCAAACGGCGUGGGGCAUUUCGCGUGGAUCAAAAACUUAUCGCGCCUCGUGAACUCACAAUUGAGUAAAAAUAAUCAUCGAAAAUACUUUUGCGAUAGAUGCUUGUACUACUUUAGUUCCAGUGAGAAGCUGGACGCUCACACCGUAGAUUGCGAGAAGAUGAAUGAUUGCGCAAUCGUAUUACCAGAUGAUGACAGCAAGUGGCUCAGCUUCAACAACUACAUCCAGAAAGAGCGACUUCCAUUUGUGGUGUACGCCGACCUCGAGUGCAUUCUAGAGAAAACUGAUCGAGGAGCGCGAAAAUACACGUAUCAGCAUCAUAAAGUAUUUAGUAUUGCAUAUUAUGUUCAAUGCGCGUACGAUUCGUCCUUGUCGGUAUACCGAUGUCGUCGUGAUGCGAAUUGUGUUUCCUGGUUCGUCGAAGAAUUAAAGAAUUUGGCACAUUUUUUUAAAUCAAUUUUAUCAAAUAACAUACAAAUUGAUGAUUUAACGAGCGAACAGCAGGAGACAUUUCGCAACACGACGCAUUGUCACAUUUGCGAAAAACCGUUGGGAGAAAACGAUACGAGGGUGCGCGAUCAUUGCCAUCUAACCGGUCGGUACAGAGGUCCCGCGCAUUCCAAUUGUAGUCUAAAUUAUAAAAACUCUUUUUGCAUUCCCAUAGUUUAUCAUAAUUUGUCCGGUUGCGAUUCGCAUUUUAUUAUCGAAGAAAUAGCUACAGCCUUCUAG